AACACUUUCCCAUAUGGGUACUUCGAGAGUUGUCAGCAUUGUUUUCUUUGUGGUAUUAUGUUUAGGCAUUUGCUCCGCCGCUAGAACACUCAUCUCCAUUGGUUUAGAUCACGGCAUUGGAGGUUAUGGUGGGGGUGGAGGUUCAGGUGGAGGUGGAGGAUAUGGAAGUUCGGGAGAGCAUGGCGUAGGUGGUUAUGGAGGAGGAGCUGGUGGAGGUGAAGGUGCAGGUGGAGGAUAUGGUGUUGCUGGUGGGGGCCAUGGUGGUGGUGGAGGAAGUGGUGGUGGCGGUAGUGUUGAAGGUGGUGGAUACGGAGGAGGUGCAGGUAAAGGAGGUGGUGAAGGCUACGGUGAAGGUGGAGCACAUGGGGGUGGUUAUGCUGGUGGUGGCGGAGGUGGCAGUGGAGGGGGUGGAGGUGGUGGUGCUGGGGGUGCUAGUGGUGGUUAUGGUGGAGGAGCUGGUAAAGGAGGCGGGGAAGGUUAUGGUGGAGGUGGUUAUGCUGGUGGUGGUGGAGGUGGCAGUGGAGGAGGUGGAGGGGGAGGUGCAGGAGGUGCUGGUGGUGGCUAUGGAGGUGGGGAAGGAGGAGGAGCUGGUGGUGGAUAUGGUGGAGAACAUGGUGGUGGAUACGGAGGUGGCGGUGGAAGCGGUGGGGGUGGUGGUGCUGGUGGAGCCCAUGGAGGUGGAUAUGGUAGUGGUGGAGGAGCAGGUGGAGGAUAUGGUGGUGGGGCAGCUGGCGGUAGCGGUGGUGGCUCUGGCGGUGGUGGCGGCGGGGGCUACGGUGGUGGAGGUGCACAUGGAGGAGGAUAUGGAGGUGGUUCUGGUGGUGGUGAAGGCGGCGGACAUGGUGGAUAUUACCCUUGAGCUUAACACGAAAUUCAAUAUUAAAAAGAGAAUACUCAGCUCCUCCUAACCAUAAUAGUAACAAGAAUAAAAUAUGAGUACGAGGAUGCUUAAUUACAAACUAGUGAAAUUGCAGUAUAAUAUUGUUGUAUGUAUGCUAAAAGUUAAAUGAACGAGGCAUGCAAUGGU